UGCACACUGACACAUAUUACAUAGGCAACUAAAACGCUAAAUACAUAAAAGAAACAGAGUAGAAUUGUAUUUAUUUUGUGAAUUAUGGUACGCUCGUGCUGUAUUUGUCAAAAAGAGUACGGUAUGGAAGAAAAUGUGACUUUUCAUAGAAUACCUACAAAACAAGAUUUAAGAUUAAAAUGGUUUACUGCUAUAGGAAAAGAAGUAUCUAAAUAUGCUUCUGUAUGUGAUAAACAUUUUGACAAUGAUGGUAUUAUUUAUACCAGUAUGAUAAAAGGAACUGUACGAAGACGUUUGUGUUCAGAAGCUGUUCCCACUUUGCAUCUUAAGAGAGAAUUGUUAAAAUGUGAUAGUACUAUUAUCGAAAACAAAAAUCUAAACUCUCAAUACCUGACUCAAUAUGAUAAAACAAACAUAGAUAGUAUAACAGUAAGACAAGUAUGUAUGGAUAAAAAGGAUCAUAAGCAAAAAUCCAUUAAUCCUGAGGGUCAUAAGCAAAAUUCCAUUAACUCUAAUGAUGAUCCAAUAUGUGAAAUUUCUGAAAUUGAAAAAUUAUCUGAAAAAAUUAAUAUAGCUAAAAAAAGAAAUAUCGAAACUGAAGAAGAGAACAAUAAAAAACGCUGUCAUGUUCCGAGAUAUGCUGGAGAUUUUUGUCGUGAGGAUUUUGCAUCUGAUCGUAAUUGGCAAAUAUUUUGCAAAUAUUAUAAAGAAACAUCACGAAAGUUAAAAGUCCUUCAAGAAACAGUUAGACGUAGGACUAAAAAAAUAGAAACUUUAAGAGAUUUAGUAAACAAUUUGAAAGAUAACAAACUGAUUUCUGAUGAAAUUGCUACUAUUAUACUUACUGCAAGUAAAAAUUUGAAGUAAUAUGAGUACACAAAAAUAUUUUCCAAAAAAAUAUAAUUGGGAAGUUUAGGUGAAUCAUUCAAUUAACUUAAAAAAAAACUUUCUACAAGAUUUUGGAAAUCUUAAUUAUAUAUAUUUGUAUAUAUU